AUGAAUACAGAUCAAGUUAGAGUGGCGGAGAAACCACAAGAGGCUGCUGGUGGCAUGUCGAAAGAGGAUCUAGCGAGUGUUGAGAAGCUGGGAAAGACGGGAACAGAUACCAGCAGUAGUUCGUACGGUCAGGAAUCGAUAUCACCGGCCAUUGUGCCAACACGGAGCAAUACGGGUCUGAAUAGCAGUAAAGUGUCGAAAAAGACGUCGAAAAAGAAGAAGAAUGCGUGCUAUUUCGAUAAGUGCAGUAGUGCAGCGUCUAAAUUCAUUGGAGAUUGCAACUUCUGCAAGGGCCACUUCUGUUCCAAGCAUAGGCUGAUGGAAAAUCAUGCGUGUGAGGGACUGACGUCGUGUAAAGAGGCGAUGCACAAGCGUAACGCGGACAAGCUGGCCAGGGAGCAGACGAGAGUACCCAAGAUUCAGAUCUGA